UUCCUCGUUUUCUUAUCUUUUCCUCUCACUUUUUCCUUUUCCUUCCCUUUUUCUCUUCCCUCUUGCCCUUUUCCCAUUCAAAGUUAAAACUCAGAACUCAUGGAACCCACGCAAUGUCCCGUGACUCCAAACGAAGGUGAAGAUUAGUAACACAGGAAACAAGAGCUAAGGGGGAAAAAGAAACAAAGGAUUAAAUAAAGGGUUCCCGUAGUUUCUCUCUCUCGUCUCAUGACUUCUAUUUUCCUUCUCUCUGCUACUAUUCCCGGAGGUCUGCAAAAAGAAGAAGAUGCGAUUUCCACCGCCGCCGGCAUCCAUUAGGAACGGAGAAACGCCGCCUCGAAUGCCGACCGCUCCUCAGUUUCAGUCCACCAUGUCUAUACAGAAGCUUAGACGGUUCAACACACUGAUACUAGUCUUCCGCUUUGCUUCCUUUUGCUUCUCCUUCGCUUCUGCCAUUUUUAUGCUCACUAACUCCCACGGCUCCCACGGUUCCCCUAGCUGGCGCGACUUCGAAGCUUUCAGGUUUGUGCUAGCUGCAAACGCAAUUGUGGCCUUGUAUUCGUUUGCAGAAAUGGGAGCUUCGAUUUGGGAGAUACUCAAAGGCACCACUUUGUUCCCGGAGACUGUUCAGGUCUGGUUUGAUUUUGGUCACGACCAGGUUUUCGCGUACCUUCUAUUGUCGGCGAACGCGGCGGGAACGGCGUUGGUUCGGACGUUCAGAGGAGGAGACACGUGUACGACGGUCAACACGUUUUGUGUUCAGUCGUACAUUUCAAUUGGGCUGGGCUACGUGGGCUUUCUAUUUCUAGGAUUUUCUUCGUUGCUUUCGGGUUUUCGGGUCGUUUCAUUUAUCAUAAAAGGCUCUCGCUUUCAUCUCUAGACUUUUUUUCUUCCUUUUACCGUUUUUUAGGGUUGAUCUGAUGAUGAAAUGUGAUUCCUUUUCUCUUCUCAAUUUCUCUCAUCUCUUUCCGUCACCGUUACCGUUACUAUUGAAAGCUAUUAUUGUGUCAAUCAAUUCUUUGACUGAUGAGACUGCCAGAGUGUCGUGUAAGGUGAGGUGCGUGUUACUUCUAUUCUUUUUCCUUCUUCGAUUUGUAUUUUAAUUGAUGAUUUAAAUUCGAAUUAUUAUUCCACCCC